AAUUAAAUUCCUUAGGGCUGUGCUGUUUUGAGCACACGUUUCCAACCAGGCAGCCUCAGUAAUCAAGGGCAAAGCAUAAUGAUGGACCUUUUUGAAACCAAUUCCUAUUUCUUUUAUUUUGAAGGAGAUAAUGGGGCCCUACAACAACUGGAAAUGACAGAUGGCUCUCCUCUGUAUCCAGGUAGUGAUGGUACGUUGUCCCCUUGUCAGGAUCAGAUACCAGGAGACGGUGGAAGUGACAGCAGUGGAGAGGAACAUGUGUUAGCCCCACCUGGCCUACAACCCCACUGUCCUGGACAAUGUUUGAUUUGGGCUUGUAAGACCUGCAAGCGGAAGUCAGCACCAACAGACAGGAGGAAAGCAGCUACUUUAAGGGAAAGGAGAAGAUUAAAGAAAAUUAAUGAAGCAUUUGAGGCUCUGAAAAGAAGAACAGUUUCCAACCCAAACCAGAGACUUCCAAAAGUUGAAAUCCUCCGCAGCGCAAUAAAUUAUAUAGAGAGGCUCCAGGAUCUCCUUCACAGCUUGGAUCAACAGGACAAGCCGCAGAAAGACGAUGAGCCUUUCUCAUAUAACCCCAAGGAUGUCAGUAGAGAAGAUUUCUUAAGUAGCUGCCAUAGUGACUGGCACAAAAUUCCAAAUCAUUCCGCAAUAUCAGAUGUCAACCUUAAAGAAGAAGGAUCUAUUCAUGAGUCCUCAGCUUCCAGCAGCCUCCAGUGUCUUUCUUCUAUUGUGGACAGUAUAUCAUCUGAAGAGCCGAAACUCCCAUGCAAUAUUCAAGAACUGGUGGACAACAGUAACCCCAUUUGAUAGAAUCGGCAUGCCAGCCAGCAUGAAGAGUCAAUUGUGUCAUUAAAUGGGCACUACUUGCAAAAAAAUAGAAAUAAAGGUGGACAUUCAACCUUAAUUAUUAAGGCAAAAUGCAAAGUGCAAAAUGCAGGAACCCAUAGCACCCAAUCGGCAAACAUCUUUCAUUGCUGUAUCUGAACAUCUGGUUGUUCUGCGUUGUAACAGACCAUCAUUGCUCUCUGUGCUGCCUCAUUAAAUAUUAUUAUUAAUUAUAAUAUUAGGUACUGCUUAGGAUAUUUGCAUUUUUGAAAGCAGAGGUCUAGGUCUGAAAUUAUUCUGGAAAAAUAUUAACAUUUCCUUCACAUUCAGCACAAAUUCAUUCCUUAUUUUGCAUUAUGCAAAGACAGUUUUAUAUUCUUAAUUACAAAUAAGAAAAUUCCCCUCCUUGUUUUGCUUAGUGUAUCAGAGAAUUAAUUACAUUAUAUGUCAAAUAUGCCAUUUUUUUCCGUCAAACAUUUUGUGGUCAGGAGUAAACCCUGCUCAUUUACAACAUGAGUGAGCUUCCAAACAUGCAAACAUGGGGAGAUUGAGUUACUAGGGGAUUCAGCUGUGGGCUAAGUCUUUCUUUUUUGCAUCAUAUAUUUCUCUUUUUGUCAUGUAUUAUGUUAACAUAUUUAUGCUAAAACAAACAUAUUUGUUUUUCAAUUAAAGUUUAAUCAAGAUAAUCAGAAUAAAACUAUAAAUGUAUUAUUGGUAUAACAUUGUAUAACACAUAUUUAUUGGGGUUAACUGACUAAAAGAACAACAUGAAGCUAUGCUUACUUUAUUGUGAUUGUAAAGCUGUAUUUAUUUAUUUUUCAUUAAAAUAAUAAACAUGUCA